CACAAGGUUAGAAGUGACAAAGGACCACAUAAUACAAUAAGGAACAGGCAUUUCAUAACUGAUUCAUACGGAUCUGACUGCAAGCAAACAGAUUUAUCACUAAAAUGGAAAACUGCACAAAUAUCUACAUGGUGCUAAACAGCGCAGAGAAGACGGCCAUCGGCACGAUCUGUCUCAUGAUCGCACCCUUCAGCCUCCUGGUCAAUGUGCUUGUUCUGGUUGUCAUAGCCAGCUCUGGGAACCUGCAGCGACAUCCGUCAUACCAGUUUAUGGCCAGCUUGGCACUGGCUGACACUAUUGCAUGCUGCUGUUUCACCAUCGCCUUCCUGGAUUUCCACCUUUUUAAAACGGAUGACUCUUUUCAGAGAACAAAGUAUCUGCUUAAGCUGAGUGGCGUGACCAUAGCAUUUACUGGCUCAGUUGGAAGUCUGCUUUUGAUGGCAGUUGACCGCUAUUAUGCAAUCUACAAGCCUAUCACCUACAAGAUGCAACUGACACGCAAAAGAGCCUUGGUGGGUAUUGUGAUAUUAUGGGCCGUGGCUGCCCUCAUUUCCUUCCUUCCUCUGAUGGGCUGGAGUUGUAAGACUUCUCUAUCGUGCUCCAAUCUCUUUCCAUACGUGGAUCGUUCCUACCUGGCAUUCUUUGCCAGUCUUGUUUUGGUGGUGCUCGUCCUCAUUCUGAUAGCCUAUGCCCUGAUAGUGUGGUGGGCCCACCAACAUGAAGCCAACAUGAAUGCUGAACAUCCAGGGCUUGCACGUAUGCGCAUGGACAUCCAUUUGGCAAAGACUUUUAGCUGUAUAAUUGUGAUUCUGUUAGUGUGCUGGCUGCCUGUCCUUUCCUUCAUGAUGACAGAUGUAGUUAUGGCCGAGCUUUCAAAACCACAAAAAAGAGCAUUUGCUUUCUGCAGUACUCUAUGUCUGCUGAACUCAGGCAUCAACCCAUUGCUAUAUACCCUGCGCUGCCGUGAGCUACGUGUAGCACUUAAAUCAUUAGGAAAUGGUUUAAGGAGAUGGAAGGGUUGUAGCGCACAAGCUAGUAACUAAUACCAGCUAGUAAAUAAUGUGUUUGCUCCCCCUUUGUGUUGGUUCCAAAACCUAACAACAGGUAUAUUAUAGCAUUGUGUACAGUUAAUAUCUGUAAAAAUGAAAAGAUAAAAAGGAAGAGAUCUGAGGAUUAGCAUGUCUGCUUUUAUGGUUUACAUUUUAUUCUGAGUAAAUAUUCACUUUAACAUGUAUGUCUGUUUCUACCCUCUGUUAAUUGUGAGAUGAAGUUUAAAGGGAUAAAGUCGCAUAUUGAGAUAUUAAGUUACAUUAAACCAUAAUUACAGCAUAAGAUGACUAUUAUGAGAUAUAGUAUCAAUUAUGACAAAUAAAGAUGCAAUUGUAAUUAAUUUAAAAAACACAUUGUUAUAUACAUUAUCAUUCAAAAGUUUGGAGGCAGUAAGAUUUUUUUAAUGUUACAAUUUAAAAUUCUAUUUGAAUUUAUUCCUGUGAUGGCAAAGCUGAAUAUUCAGCAUCAUUACUCAGUCUUCAGUGUCACACGAUCCUUGAGAAAUCUUUCUAAUAUGCUGAUUUGCUGCUAAAGAAACAUCUCUUCUUAUUAUCUGCAUAAUAUUUUGGAGGAAACAGGAUUUUCCAGGAUUCUUAAAAGACAGCUCAAAUGAAUAACAUUUAUUUGAAAUGUAUAUCUUUUAACAUUAUUUUAAUGUUUUAGCAUAGUUUUAACAUUAGAAAUAUUAUUACUGUCACAUCU